AUGUUCCCCACCCUCCGCCUCUGUGAGGCAAUCAGCGCGCCCUUCAAGCGGGCUCAGCUCGGCCUCUUCGGAGGCAAGACACGACAGUCAGGCAACAACGUCCCGUUCUCGAAGAAAAAGACGCGGCGGACAUGGCUCCCGAACGUGCACAACCAGCGGCUGUUCUCCGAGACCCUCCAGGAUUACAUCCGGGUGAAGGUCACUGCGCGAGCGUUGAAGACUAUCAAGAAGCAUGGCGGCAUUGACAAAUAUGUCAUGAAGACAAAGCCGGAGCUCUUGGGAUGGGAGGGCAUGCGGAUACGAGUCAUGCUUCGGGAGAGGCAAAUUGCGCAAGGAGUUGUGGACAUUCCUGCGGCAGCCAACACUCCGGCAUCGCCAGCAGUAGAGACAGUGGCGUUGUAG